GAAGAUAUGAACACAGCAGACGAAGAGUGGAUGAGACGAAGGGAAAACAUUGUGGAGAAUGAAGGAGGAAACGGUGAUGAAAGUGAAUAUAUGCAGUGGUUCAAUAGCAUCACAGUCCCGAAGCUUCACAGAGAUACAAGUCUCGAAGCUGAUAUAAUGAAUGUGCAAGCUGCUAUACUACAAUUUGACGAGGUGGCCUCAACGUUAUCAUUAGAGGAUCUACAUCCAGAGGAGAGAGAAGCAAUUGAAGAAGCAGUGAUGUGUAUGUCCAAUGCCUUGAGAGUAGGAGAUUGGUAUGAGGCGUCAACAACAAAUAAACGCAAGCGGAGGGAGGAACAGCAAACGGAUUGGAGCGAAUGAAAAAACGAAGAUCCUUUGUAUGUUCUGGCUGAUCAUUUACCUUCAGGCAAUCACUUAAAGAAAGAAGAUGUGUAAGUCCCGUCCUCACUUGAAGUUUAUUAUGCUUUAUUUAACAAGCAUUCAUAAAACAAUGCUAAUUGUUUGACAUUUAGAAGUAAGUAGAGGUCUUGGUUGGUUUGGUAUCUUAAAGAGUACUAAAGAGGGUACAUAUAUAUUCAAGAGAUUUAAACUGUUCGAAGGUUUCUUUCUAUUCUAUCACAGAUUUACAUGGCA